AUGUCAGAUUCAGCUAUCGACAGGUCUGAUUACUACGCCGACUAUACCCCCGAAGAGGAAAGACGAGCAGUGAGAAAAGUCGAUUUUCUCGUCUUACCUUUCAUAGUAUUAUGUUUCCUCAUGCUUCAAUUCGACCGAACGAAUUUGGGUAAUGCUCAAACCGAUACGAUUCUCAAGGACUUGAACAUCACUACAGCCAAUGUAAAUAUUGGUCAAACCCUUUUUACCUUGGGUUUUGUAUUAUUCGAAUUACCAAGUAAUGUCAUUGCCAAAGCUGUCGGUGUUCAUCGUUGGGUACCUUUCAUCAUUUUCACUUGGGGUCUAAUCACCCUUUGUCAAGCUUUCAUGACCAGCAAGGGCGGUUUCUACGCUACCAGAUUUUUACUUGCUUCAGGAGAGGCUGGUUUCAUUCCUGGAAUGGCUUGGUAUAUAACCAGAUUUUACAAGAAUGGCGAAUUGAGUUUGAGAUUGGCCAUUUUCUGGGCAGCCAACAGUUUCGCUGGUAUGGUAUCUGGUCCACUUGCGUUGGGUAUUCUUCGAGGUUUGAAUUUCAAACAUGGAUGGCAUGGUUGGCAGUGGUUGUUUUUGAUCGAGGGAAUUAUGACAAUGUUCAUAGCGAUCAUCGCUCUCUUCUACUUACCUUCGACUCCGACCGAAGGUGGCAAAUCAUUACUAUUCCCGAUUCUCAACUCUCGGGACGCUGAGAUUCUUUCAGCUCGGUUAAUUACGGAUGAUCCCAAGAAAGCUAUCGUACAUGGCGAAAGAGUGAAAUACGUUGAUAUCAAAGAUACAUUCCUUGAUUGGAGAUUAUACGGUCACUGCAUCGCCGCAUUUCUAUCUUCUGUAAUCUUAACUCCUAUCAACACAUACGGACCAUCCGUGAUCAAAUCCCUUGGAUACGCAGGAUUUACAGCCAAUGGUAUGGCCGCUCCUGCUUCUGCCAUUGGUUUAGUCUUUUCCGUCACUUUGGCAUGGAGUAGUGAUCGGGUCAAAGAAAGGGGUAUUCAUAUUUUCAUCGCUAUGGCUUUAUCUUCUGCCGGAAGUCUUUGGCUCGCUCUCGCACCUGAUGGAGUUGGUAAAAGGGUUUUAUACGGUGGCUACCUCAUGACUGCUGGAACGAUGGGUUGUGGUCAGGCUAUCAAUGCUUCUUGGUUGAGCAGCCGGUUCGAAGAACGUAAACGGCCCAUAGCUCUUGCUGCAUACGUGGCAUUCAUCCAAAUGGCUGGUUUUGCGGGAAGCAAUGUAUUCAAACCCAAAGAUGCUCCUAGAUACACGCAUGGUUUGGUCAUUUGUGGUGUUUGUGCUGUAGCAGGCGGAGUUGUGAUGCUUAUUUGGAAAGCGUUAUAUGUUUGGGACGAUAAACGAAAGGCUCAAGCAGGAGACGAAACACCAGAUGUUAGACAUCUUGGACACGAAGGUCACAAUUCCGAUACCGGCUAUCACAAUGAAGAGAAAUAA